AUGGAGGCUGUUGUAGGUGAGGUAGUGGCUCCGGAGGAUCUCGAGAAAUUCGAAAAGAAGUACAACGCAGAAUUAGCCAAGGGCGGGGUGUCUAAAGACACCAAGUUUGAGUACGCCUGGUGUCUGAUUCGAAGCAAGCACGCAGAUGACAUUAAGAAGGGAAUCGUCCUCCUGGAUGAACUUGUUCACAAGGGUACCAAGGAUGAUCAAAGGGACUAUCUGUUCUACCUGGCUGUGGCAAACUAUAAACUGAAGGAUUAUGAGAGAGGUCUGAAAUACAUUAGGACGCUGUUAAAAAAUGAACCCAGCAACUCCCAGGCUCUUGAGCUGGAGAAACUGAUUGACAAAGCCAUGAAGAAAGAUGGAUUAAUUGGCAUGGCUAUCGUCGGAGGUAUCGGCCUGGGCGUGGCUGGAUUGGCUGGUCUGAUUGGUCUGGCUGUUGCUAAGAAAGCUGCGUAAUGAGACAGGGUGAAGUGUGUGACUUCUCAAAGCUCUCCUCGUGUAAAAGGCAAGGGCGGUCUCUGAUUGGGCGCGUGUGAACACUGGGCAUUAACUCAGAUUGGCUGAGUCAUUCUGAAGCUGGAUGAGAAUUCAUUAACCAUUUACAGCCUUGUUGUCGCUUUGAUGAGCCCUUUACCUGGGCUCGCUUAAACACACACACACACACACACACACACACACACACACACUGAUGGAGCUUUUUGUAGUUUUGGCACCGUGUCACUCAGAUGCAGAACAGGUGUAACUGGAUUGCCAGUCACUUUACCCUGGUCCCUGUGGGUGAGAGCACAACCCCAGAGGGACUGAACAGAGCAGAAGGGAUUUGCUGACAUAGUUCUUUUGACAAUUUUUCUAAUAUUAUUCUGUCAGUAUGUGCGGAUUCAUAGCCAGUACGCUGAAAGUCUUUGUGACGCAGUAUUUUGUAUCGUUUUCUUACACAUUAUUCUAAUAUUUGGUCCAUUUGGGUCUUAAAAUUGAAACAGCCUUUGGACACAUGAUAGUUUCUGAUGCUGAUGGUGGCUCAAACGCAAUUCUGAUAUUAACUGAAAUAACCUGUUGUUUAAAUUCAUUAGUAACAUGUGUAUGUUUGCCCAGUCUAACACUGUGGUCAGAUAUAGCCUGUUUUAUCUAUUCCAUUCUUCAUUAACUCACUCAGUCUCCCUCAUAUAUCUAAACAUUGCAAUAGUUCAUAUAAUAUAAUACAUCAUAUAUCUGCAUGGGGGUUUGUCAUUUAGCUGCCCACGUUAGAUGCGGAAGACAAAAGUGACAACGUUUUGAGGUUUGAGGAUAAAGUGUGUGUGUGUGUGUUUCUUAAAUAUAUACGAGCUACUCUGUCUAAACUCGCUUAACUGCCAACACACACUUUCACUGAUCAGUACCUCCUGAAAAUGUUCUUGAGCAAAACUACAGCAAAGGCCAGCAAACUUGGUUCAAGUGAAACUCAUCUCUUUUGAGUUCAUGUCACAAACCAAGAGAAAAACUCUCCUGGACGUCAUGUGACCUGGAUUAGUUCCACCCAAAGCACACCAAAGCACUUUUUUUCUUUCAAAUAUUUAUGUCACUGUCCCUCUCUGUGCGUACACACUCUGACUGGCCACUACUGAAUGGGAUUAGAUUCAGCAGCAGGGUUAAAGGCAGUGGUCUGAUAAACUACUGAGUAUCAUCACAGCAGAGCACAGCACAGUCAGUCCACACAGUAAGUCUGUUUCCCAUCAGUCAACUUCCACUUGUCCAUUCCAGGGGACUGAGGGGACUGAAUAGGCCUCAGCAACGUGGUUAUAAGUCCUCACAGCCCUCUCAUUGGCCUGAUUAAGUGUCAACCACAGUGUGUAAACCAAUCAAAUGGUUUCACAUCUGUAAGAUGGAGUUUGUGGACUGCUACCUGAACUUCCUGAAUUUCCUCAGCCCUGACUCAGCAGAACAGACAGGGAUAAGGAUGGAGCUCUGCUGACUGUUCCACUAGAGGGCGCUGUUCUCAUUUGGCGCAAGUUCAGCGGUUGGACAAGCAGAAUUUACAAUGUGACAUUUUAACAAUAGAGUGAAUACAUCAAUAACUUAAAGUGGCUGAUUAGUGUCAUUUAAAAGUGGGUUACAGUGACAUUUGUGCAAUAUUAGCCUUUAGUUUCCUGGUGCUGUUCUAUUUGUAGAAAUGGGCGGAUGAUGGAUGGUAUGAGUGACACUGUUAAAGUUCUGAUUAAUUGGAAUGUAAUGUGUGUCGUCUGAAGAGUGACAUAAGAGUAACAGUUAAAACAGACAUAAGUAACAGACAUAAAGGAGGGUGUAGUUUAAGUUGGACUGUAGUUUAAGUUGUGUCCUGUUGCACUGAGAGCCCAAGCUAAAGUUACAUAUCUACUUAUCUCAACUAAAACUGUCAGAUUUUUUCAGUCAUAUUCAGUUUCGGCCGAGUUUACAGUUUGGUCAUUUUUGCCUGUUGAAUUGUUUUUCUGUUGUCCUAAAUAGUGCUUGCUGCCAAUUUUAAACCAACGCUGAAUAAAACCA